UAUAUGCAAUUAUUAAAAUUUUAAAAAUGGUCAACAUAAAUUUACCUCCAAAUCUGACUGAAGAGGAAGAAAUUCUUCGACAGAAAUAUGCAAGACUACGUAAAAAGAAAAAGCAGUUGCAAGCAUUGAAGACAGUCAAACCAGAGAGGGAACCAGUUAAAGAAAAGCCAGUGAAAAGACCACAUGAGUCAGCAGAAGAUGCUAAAGAACAGGCUAAAAAGCUGGUCAUGUCUGGGGCUAUUAAACUGAGUGACAAGAAAGAGAAGCAGGGAUUUAAGAGAUCUCGUUACCUUGAGAAGAAACUACAAGACCCAGAGAAAUUACCUGCCACACCCGCCACUGUUGGCUUUCAGCCAUUUGCUGCUUCACACCCGGAUGACGAGGAGAGAGUCGAAAGAGAAGAUAGGAGACCAAGGCACCAGCGUGUACGUGGGUUAUAUGAUAAUUUUGUUCGUAGUGAGAGACCGCCGGAACGUCCGGACAGAAUUUCUGAAAGACCAGAGAGAGUUAUUGAGAGAGAGGACAGAAGAGAUGAGAGAGAUAGACGUGAGAGACCAGACAGACCUGAUAGGGAACCUCUUCCUAAAAAAGGUAACACUGUGUAUGUUCAUGGUCAUGGUGUGAAUGAGGAAUUACUGAGGAAGGCGUUCCAUAACUUUGGUAAUAUUGUCAACAUAUCCAUGGAGAAAGUAAGUUAGGAUUGUAUUUGUGGUUUUGUGACCUUUGACAAAAUGGACUGUGCAGAUAUGGCCAUACAAGAGGUAGAUGGCGCUAUGAUUGAUAGUGUUCAGUUACGUGUCUCCAUGGCAAGAAGACAGCCAUCAUUUGACAGUACCAGCCAAGAUCCAUCCAGCACUUCAUGGGCAUCUCUAGCCAGUAACAAUUCACAGAAAGGGUCUCACAAAGAUAAAAGAGAUGUAGUGGAGUACGAGGAGGACAUGUUUUGAUAAAACACUUGUUUGUUAUGGGAGAUUAAUAAACAUUUACAGAAAGAGAAAUUAAUUUGUUUUUAACAUGUUUAAGAUCAGAAUGAAAAACGCCGAACGUUUAUCAUACUUUGGACUGAUAUUCACCUAAUGACAUGGAAUUGUUUGGUAAAUGUCGUUUUUGAUUUCAAAACGCUUGUAACUCAGUGUUCAAAUUCCACUAGAGAUUUUGGAUUUUUCAUGUGAGGAAGCUAUCCAGCUAGCUUUUUUAACGUUGGGUGCCAGCAUGGAGGAGAAGUUAUGGUCCUUCUUCACCAAAUAGCUGGAACAUCAUGAUAUGACCUUUACAGUGUAGAUUGGACUUUAAACCAUAUAGGAAAAAAGCAAAAAAGAAAAAUAUACAUAAAUACAUGUGCAUGUAUAUAUGUUAAUUGUGUCACUUGUAAGGUUAAGUUUUUGAGAGGUGAUAAAAACAGUUUUUGCAAUGUAAAUUGUCUUAAAUGCACUAAGAAAUAUUUAGACAUUUUAAGAUUUAUUAUUUGAGAUAUAAGAAAUCAAAGAUAAUGGGAUAUUUGUAAAGCUAUCAUUUUGUCUUUGUUUUGUACUACAUGAUUCAAGUAUUUAUAUAUUGUCAGUUAUGUAUUUUAAAUGAUUUUACAGACAUUGUGUUACAUUAUUAAAUGGUUAAAGAAUUUGAAA